GUCGUGGUGGGACCGUCAGCGAAGGAAUCCAGAUGUGGAGCAGGCGCUGGCUGAACAGCUGCGCCUUCGCCAAGCAAGCAAGAGCUGUCAUGUUCUGGAAGAAGGGACAAAAAGGGAGGCAGGCAUUUGGCAACUCUACUUUUACCUCUUCUACAAUGGUACAAUGCUGCAGAGAGUAAAUAUGGAUGAUCACCAGAGGAACACCACCCCCAUUCGGAGGGAAGCAAGCAAUUGUAUACACACAGGUUGCAGCCAAAGUCCAGUAUAAGUUAAAUCUGCAGUUAUGAAGCCAUUUGCUACUUUUGCCUCAGGGAUUAUUUUAUUUCUCUUCACCUUGGUACAGAGGAGUGACAGUAAAUGUAAAGAAGCAGGUUCAAGGCCAGAGAUGAAUCUGAAUGUCAAAUACCAACUCUCUAAUUUCACUGCAGAAACCGCAAUACAAAAUAUAGUUCUGUACAAGAAGCACAUCUACGUGGGAGCAGUCAACAAAAUCUAUGUCUUAAAUGAAAGCCUUCACAAUGUCUUUGAGUAUAAGACUGGACCUGUUUUGGAGAACCCAGAUUGUACUCCUUGUGAAGAAUGUAAACCUAAAGUAAAUCAAUCUGAUAACAUUUGGAAGGAUAACAUCAACAUGGCAUUGCUCCUAGACACAUACUACGAUCAUCAGCUCAUCAGCUGUGGUAGCGUUGCACAAGGAAUUUGCCAGCGCCACAUCAUUCAUCUUGAUAAUCCUGCUGACAUUGGACGUACUGUGCACUGUAUGUAUAGUAAAGUGAUGAAUAAGGAAUCAGACCAGUGUCCUGACUGUGUUGUAAGCCCCUUGGGAACUCAAGUUCUGGUAACAGAAAAGGAAAGAUUUGUGUAUUUCUAUGUAGGGAAUACCAUAAAUAACUCACUUCAGCAAGACCAUUUGCCACAUUCAAUAUCAGUGCGGAGAUUAAAAGAAACCCUGGAUGGGUUUGAGUUUCUCACGGCUUACUCGUAUAUUGAUGUCCUUCCAGAAUUCAGGGAUUCAUACCCCAUUAAGUAUAUUCACGCCUUUGAAAAGGACCACUUUGUGUACUUUCUCACUGUCCAGAGAGAAUCUCUAGACUCCCAGGCUUUUCACACAAGGAUCAUACGGUUCUGUUCUUUUGAUUCUGAGUUGCAUUCGUACAUGGAAAUGCCCCUUGAAUGCAUUUACACUGAAAAGCGUAGGAAGAGGUCAAGCAAGCGGUCAAAUGAAGUAUUCAAUCUUUUGCAGGCUGCAUAUAUUGGUAAGCCAGGUGCAGCCUUAGCCCAGGCAAUGCGUCUUGAUCUGAACGCUGAUAUUUUAUAUGGUGCAUUUGCCCAAAGUAAACCAGACUCUUCAGAACCAGCUCAUAAAUCUGCUGUCUGUGCAGUCCCUAUCAAAACCAUUGAUGAAUUCUUUGGCAAGAUUGUAGGCAAACAAAACAUGAAAUGUCUUCAGCAUCUGUACAAGAAGAACAGCAAGUACUGUCCAAACAGGACAUUUUCCAGAAACACGACCUACUGCGGAGCACAAGAUGAUGAGUAUCGAGUGGAGGUUACAACGCCUUUGCAACGGAUUGACUUGUUUACAGAGCAGUUCAACACAGUCUUGUUAACAUCUAUAUCUGUCUUCACCAAAGGGAAUCUUACCAUAGCAAAUCUGGGGACAUCUGAAGGCCGCUUCAUGCAGGUAGUGAUUUCUCGUUCAGAACGCACAAUACCAUAUGUGAAUUUCCACCUUGAUCUCCAUCCUGUUUCCCCAGAAGUUAUAAUUGAGAAUUCACCAGGCAACGAUGGUUAUGUCCUGGUGGUCACUGGGAAGAAGGUAACCAAGAUACCCCUAAGUGGACCCGGGUGUUCUCACUUUAGUACCUGCAGCCAAUGUCUUCUAUCGCCUUCCUUCAUGAACUGUGGCUGGUGUGGCAAUCGGUGUGUGUGGUCAUGGGAGUGCAGCACAGGAGAGUGGACACAGGAGACAUGCUCGCCCAAAAUCUCUGAGGUACUUCCAAGCAGUGCAGCUUUUGAUGGUGUAACAAGACUGACGCUAUGCGGGUGGGACUUUGGGUUCAGCAAAAACAACAAGUUCAGUUCAAAAAAGAUAUCAGUGAUUAUUGGCGGACAACGAUGCAUUCUGGAUGGCAAAGCGAGUGAUAAAAACAAAUUGGAGUGCACACUUGGUGCCGUAAAGAAUGCAACUUUUAAUGUUUCAAGCACUGUUUCAAAUGGACAAGCUAAUUCUUCCUUCAGUACAUUCUCUUAUGUGGAUCCCAUAAUAAGGAGUAUCUAUCCCAACUAUGGUCCAAGAUCAGGUGGAACAUUGCUGACAUUGACUGGAGAAUACCUCAGCAGUGGGAAUUCUCAAGAGAUUUAUAUCGGUACAGAGCAAUGCAACUUAACCAGUGUGUCUGAUAAUACCAUAGUGUGUUACACCGCUCUGCAAAGAGAAGCGUCAGAGUAUCGUGUUAAAAUGAAAAUUGACUCAGUCUAUCGGCCAGCGGGUCAUUUUACAUACAAAGAAGAUCCUGCUGUUUCUAAAAUUUAUCCAGCCAAAUCCUUUCUUAGUGGCGGAAGCACAAUUACGGCACAGGGGAUCAAUUUGAAUUCAGCAAUCUCUCCCAGGAUGGUGGUAGAAGUCCGUAAGCUAGGCAGAAACUUUACUGUGGCCUGUAACCAUCGGUCAAAUUCUGAGAUAAUUUGCUGUACAACUCCCUCACUGAAUUUCUAUAACCUGACACUGCCUUUGGCGACAAAAGUUUUUUUCAUUUUUGAUGGUGUUACCUCAUCUCGUUUUAACUUUGAUUAUGUGAAUGACCCUGACUUUACAAUUUCUGAAAAACCAGUGCUGAUUUCCAAUGGAAAGCAAAAUAUAGUGAUAAAGGGAAAUAACAUUGACUCAGAAGCUGUUAAAGGUGAAGUGCUAAAAGUUGGAAACAAGAGCUGUGAGAAUAUCACCUUAAAGUUGCAGUCUGUUUCAUGUACCAUUCCUAAAGAGCUGCUGAAAUCCAACCAUGAACUAAAUAUAGUGUGGAAGAAAGAAGUUUCAUCUACAGUUAUUGGGAAAGUAAUGAUUCAACCUGAACAGAAUUACACAGGACUUAUUGCAGGAGUUGUGUCAGUGACGAUUUUUCUCUCAUUGUUGCUGUUUGGACUUUUCCUGUGGAGAAAAAAGAGAAAGCAAAUCAAAGAUUUAGGCCGAGAGAUUGUUCGCUAUGAUGGAAGAGUGCACACUCCUCACUUGGACAGGCUUGUCAGUGCAAGGAGUGUGAGCCCUACAACAGAAAUGGUGUCAAGUGAAUCUGUAGACUACAGAUCAACUUUUCUAGAAGAUCAGUUUCCAACUUUCUCUCAGAAUGGAUCGUGCAGACCAGCCCAGUAUCCUCACACAGACCUAUCUCCCAUUAUGUCUACUGGAGACUCUGAUUUAUCCAGCCCAUUGUUGCAGACCAAUGUCCACAUUGACAUCAGUGCCUUAAAUCCAGACUUGGUCAAAGAAGUGGAGCAUGUGGUUAUUGGUGCUGAUAGCCUGAUAGUGCAUUUUAAUGAAGUAAUAGGAAGAGGACACUUUGGAUGUGUUUAUCAUGGAACUUUGUUGGAUACUGACGGCAGGAAAAUUCACUGUGCUGUGAAGUCCUUGAAUAGGAUUACAGACUUGGAUGAAGUCGCCCAAUUCCUAAAAGAAGGGAUCAUAAUGAAGGAUUUCACUCAUCCCAAUGUCCUAUCGCUACUUGGAAUUUGCUUGCCCAGUGAAGGAUCUCCUCUGGUGGUGCUUCCUUAUAUGAAACAUGGAGAUCUUCGAAACUUCAUUAGAAAUGAGUCUCACAACCCAACAGUAAAGGAUUUGAUUGGAUUUGGCCUGCAAGUGGCAAAGGGGAUGAAAUACCUUGCAAGCAAAAAGUUUGUCCAUAGAGAUUUAGCAGCAAGAAAUUGUAUGCUGGAUGAAAAAUUCACUGUCAAGGUUGCUGAUUUUGGCCUUGCUAGAGAUGUCUAUGAUAAAGAAUACUACAGUGUGCACAAUAAAACAGGAGCCAAGCUGCCAGUAAAAUGGAUGGCUUUAGAAAGUUUGCAAACACAGAAGUUCACUACAAAGUCAGAUGUGUGGUCCUUUGGAGUAUUACUUUGGGAGCUGAUGACAAGAGGAGCGCCGCCCUACCCUGACGUCAACUCUUUUGAUAUUACUGUUUACUUACUACAAGGAAGAAGGCUCUUGCAACCUGAAUAUUGCCCAGAUCCACUGUAUGAAGUCAUGCUCAAAUGUUGGCAUCCGAAACCUGAACUACGGCCAGCAUUUUCUGAGUUAGUUUCAGAUAUAUCGAUGAUCUUCUCGACUUUCAUUGGGGAGCAUUAUGUUCAUGUGAAUGCCACUUAUGUCAAUGUGAAAUGUGUUGCACCUUAUCCGUCUCUUCUGUCAUCGCAAGACAACAUAGACAGGGAUGCAGAUACAUGACCGGGCAUAUUAACUAUACCAUCAAGUGGGGGGAAACCAUAAAUACUACUUCUUUUGCCGGCUGGUUUUUGUGAAAGCACUGUGUGUGUGUGUUGUACAAAUUGCACUAUUUUGAGGAGACAAUUUCAUGUUGCUGAAAGCUACAGGAUUAUAUAUUGUCCAGAUAUAAUUUUCAACUGUGAUGGGUGACUGUAACAACCAACGUUGCUGUUGCAACACUUCAUCUACUGCCAGCUAUCACUCAUCUGUGAGUAAUCCAGCUGCUGCUAUAAAUUUCACUGUGUGCAACUGAUGAAUUCAGAGGUCAUCAGUCAUUCAGAGUGCCAGGCACUUAGGGAAUGAGUUAACACUAUUGGUCAGCAAUCUUUUGUUGUGUAAGGGAAAGGCUAAAUAACAAAUAUUUCAGAAUUGUAAAAAUUCAUCUCAUCUCUAUUAAAGGGUUGCUUUGCUUGCUAUAGCAAUUCGGCUGUUAUGGAGGCAUACAGGUAGACUAGCUGCCCAAAUGAAAGCCCAAAUGGGUGCUUGCCACAUUGUCCAAGGGACCACAAUACUUGGGUUUUCAAAACAAUUUUGAACACUGGUUGCAUUUAUGUGAUAAAAUUAUUGCAACAGCAUUCAGAAACAAGGAACAUAGUGAACAUAAUAGUUCUUUAAAGAAACCAUUCCCAUUCUGCAAUAGGACUGAAAUAUUUUAGAAGUUUCUGUAAACAGUAGGCCAAAGAGUAGAUUGAACAGAUUUGUGGGCAACAUUCCAGAGUGAAGAUUAAGAAACUGUGUAGAAGACCUGAGAGAGGAGUUAGCUAAUAACUAUAGAUUUUAGCAACAGUGGCUGUAUGUGAAUCAAAGAAGAAGCUGCAGCAGAAGAAAGGUGAAGAGCUUAAUAAAGGAUGUCAGACAGCCCUGAACCUGAACCAAAUGAAGUGCAGUACAGUGUAACUGUUGCUAAACUGGGUGUGUCACAUCUAAGCAAAUAAGAACUGAGAAGAGAUUGUGAUGCAACCCAGAGCUGCUUGACGCUUUCAGCUGGUUCUGUAGAUUGUGACAUGCCAUAUGUCUUCAUGAUGACCAAAAUAAAGAUUUUUAAAACAGACAGUAAUUUAAAGAUUUUUUUAACUGUGCUCUUAAUUUUAGAUUGAGCAUCACAUUUCAUUUCUGUUCCUGUGGAAUUAUGUGCAUUCUACUGUAUAGACUGGUGUAGGAUUAAUAGCUAGGUGGGUGGGGUUUUUUUUUUGGUGUAAACCCUUUCAAAGCAUUCUAUUUUUAUAUUGAAAUUUUUAUUUUUAAUUUUAUAUAUGUAUAAAGUUUUGGUUAGGGCAUAAAAUACUGCACUGUGAACACUUCAAAAAUACUUUAUUAGCCUUUGAAUCAUAAGUUGUAAAGAGAUUACAAAUCUGAUUCUGUAAUGAUGGGCAACGCAAAUAGCUGAUUGCAUGCCAUCUCCACCCCAAGUGUUAAAAUCCCCAUUGCUGGAAUCAAAAAACACUUUCAACAUCUUGGAGGAUGUUGGAUCCAAAUAUGAGGGGGAUUUAUUGUUCUUGAGAGAGAAUGCUCCACUGAAAGAUUUAUGAUGAGGUUGAAGUGGGUAAGUAAACUACUUGCUGAUAAUACUGGAUUGCCACAUCCAUUUCAGCAGCAAAUACUUCGUGUGUGCUAAGAGCAAUGUUAAUUGUGAAUUGCCUUUGCACAAAAGGGUUCUGCUGCAGGCAAAAAGAUGAAAAAAACAUCUUGAGGGUUAAGGGAAAUUAUGAUGCUAUGGUUUAGUGCAGUUGUUCUGAACCUAUGUACACAUGUGUUGAGGAAUGGGUGGGGACAAUGAAUCAAUUAUACUAUUUAUGAGACGAGAUUAAUGUCGUGGCUGGGACACCUGUAAAUAAUGUGUGAUUCUUGUAGGGAUUUGAUGUUUGUACAUUCAUAUACUUGCCAAUAAGAUGGAUGGUACUUACCUUUAUAAUUGUGAUGACUUAGCAAACUUAUUAAAAUAAAGUAAAACAUU